CAAUGUCAUUUUCCAGCACACCAUUGCUGCGACAGCAUCUCUUAAUGAAAGACACCGACGCUUAGUCAUAACCAGAACUUACUCAUACACAUACACACACUGAUAAAGAUAAACAAAAACAAGUGGGAAACAAAAUAUAUUCGAAAUGUCUUACCACAUUGUAGAUAUGACGGAUCCUGCCGAGCCCGAGCCAGUUGUGCUCGCCAAGCACGCCAAAAAUCUGCUACGCUUCUUGCAUUUGUUGCCGGCGCGCAUGUCCUCGCAUGAUAAUACCAGGAGUACAAUAGUCUUCUUUGCCGUCUGUGGCCUAGAUGUGCUCAACUCGCUGCACUUAAUAUCCCCAGAGUUGCGCAAGGACAUCAUCAACUGGACCUACGGCGGCCUCGUCACGCCACGUGAUAAUGAAAAACGAUGCGGAGGCUUUAUGGGCUGCCGUGCCAUGUUGCCGCAAACGAAGGACGCUGGGGUGUUGGAAUGCAUGCGUGCGUACCAGUGGGGCCACUUGGCCAUGACAUACACCAGCAUUGCAGUGCUGGCGACGCUGGGUGAUGAUUUGUCGCGCUUGAAUCGCCAGAGCAUUGUCCAGGGAGUGGCGGCAGUGCAGCAUGCGGAUGGCAGCUUCAGUGCAUCCAUUGAUGGCAGCGAGAAUGAUAUGCGUUUUGUCUAUUGUGCCGCUACCAUUUGCCACAUGCUCGACUGCUGGGAGGGCGUGAACAAGGAUGCCAUGUUUCAGUUUAUAAUGAGAAGCUUGCGCUACGAUUAUGGUUUCAGUCAGGAACUGGAGGGUGAGGCGCAUGGCGGCACUACAUUUUGUGCGCUGGCCGCACUGGAGCUAAGUGGCCAGCUUCAUCGGCUGGACGAGGCAACGGUGGAGCGCAUUAAGAGAUGGCUUGUCUUUCGCCAAAUGGACGGCUUUCAGGGGCGACCGAACAAGCCGGUGGAUACGUGUUACUCCUUUUGGAUUGGCGCUGCGCUAUGCAUUUUAAAUGGCUUUGAGCUGACCGACUACGCUCAGAACCGUGAAUACAUAAUAAGCACACAGAAUGGACUGAUUGGCGGCUUUGCCAAAUGGCCGAAAGCCACGCCAGAUCCCUUCCACACGUACCUGGGCCUGUGCGGCCUCGCAUUCAUCGGCGAGCCAGGCCUGAACGCUGUCAUGCCCAGCCUUAACAUCUCCAUGGCCGCCUAUACGCAUCUCAAUCAGUUGCACGAGCGUUGGCGAGCCAACAAUGGCCUUACCCAUGAGCUAACCCAACUAAAGCUGACCGUGGGCAGCGGCGCAGAAGCGGGAACAAAGACUACCUCGAGCUCGUCUCUAAUAUCAGCACAAUGAUGGGAACGUUCCUGAGAAAUGUUAAUGCACACAAUUUGUAUUUGUACGCUUACCGGUGGCAAUUUUGUUGCAAACGCUUUUUAAACAUUUUGUAGAACAUUUGUAUGUAAGUAAACAGUUGGAAACUAUUGUUCAAGAUGCUGAGUGGAAUUUUAAGUUAUGCAUUGGCUGGGUAACGGCAACAAGAUCGUUAACAGAAGCAGAAAAUGCUAAAUUAUAUUUAUUAAAAUUGACAGUUAACAGAGCUCUGUUAUCGCUCUGUUCGCCAUUUGAACUGACUGU